AGGGGCUGGAUAAAGUUGUUUUGGAGAAAUCUCAUCAACAAGUUGAUUUGAUGCUAAUGUGUUUGUGCUCACCUGCCCAAAAGAGUGCAAGCUAAAAUCCAAAAUUAGUCAAGGAAAGAUUUAUUUUUCAAGCCAAUAAAGUCUGAGCCCCCCUACUGAGCUCUUGCAAAGUGGACAGCAGCUUAAUUUGGGGUUGCCACACCCCCUAUACAUGAUGAAGCCAAGAGAAGCAUGGAGCACUUGCCUGUUACUGCAAAUCACAAUAUCAAUUAUAGGACUAGCCAAUGCACAGACACCACCACCAGUAGCCUACUAUCAUGACUCAGGGUAUACUGGGUAUCCAGUAGGAACUACCCUCUUAAAUCAAGCCGGAACUCUCCUAGAAGUACGGUUGAAAUUUUGUUCAAUUGAUGGUGGAAUUUUGCUUCAUACUUCGGACAGCACUGGCAGUUCAUAUUUCUCCCUGGGAGUGAAUACUGCAAGACAAGUGUAUAUUGAGUCAAAUGUUGGAAAUACCCUCCUUCAGAUCACUACUGAAGCAACCCUCACACCCAAUCUGUGGUACACAGUCAGUAUUGAGCAGCUUGACGAGGGAAGUGAUAGGUUAACAGUGUCCAUCAAUGGAGUUUCCUCACCAGUAAUGGCUAGUGCAUUCUCAAGGGUCAAUUUUGCUGCCUUUAAUGGCCCUCUCUUCAUUGGUGGCCAUCCGGACCCUUCUACUAUACAGGCUGUUGAACUUCGUAAUACACUGGAUGCAUGUAUUGAAUACUUACUAGUGGACACCCAAAGACUUGAUUUGUUUUCCGGUACUCUAACUAUGGACGUAACAACCGGUUGUCCCAGACACCACUGUCUCUUAGCGACAAGCUUCACUGUAAUAGCUCCGGAUUCUUUCAUAGAAUUCAGUGACGUUGGUACGACUGAAGAACUCUAUUUCAGAGUGCAGCUGGAGUUCCAAACAAGAAAUCCGGGAGGUAUUCUGGUGUUUCUAAGUGAAUUUGCUGAGUUUAGUGUGGGGGUGGACUUUCUUUUACUAGCUCUCGACGAAGGCCAGGUUUCACUCUUCUUCAACAACCUGCGUGGAACUCCUGGCUUCACUUCUACUGCAAGAACCGUGGCAACGUACAACGAUGGAUUAAUGCACAGUGUGUCAGCGGAGUUCAGUCAAACACAGCUCCGAUUUGUAGUAGACGAGGAAAUUUACACCAUCAGCAUGUAUGACUCAGGUACUAUCAUAUGGACCUCAACUGGGCACCCUCCGAAUGUGUGGGUGGGAGGAAUCCCAUCGUCACUGACACCCCCUCAGGAAGUGACUGACACCAGUCCCUCAGUGUUUGUCUCUUUUCAGGGUUGCCUCUUCAAUGUGGCUCACACUCCGUCCAUUGACAUUCCUCUGAUGACCUUGAAUCCUAUCAAUGCAGUAGUCAGCUCUGUGCUACUAGACAGCUGCGACCCAUCACAAACAUGCCGUACAAACUGCACCUCCUCUCAAAGAAUCUGUGACUUUGCCUGUGUAUGCCCAGCUGGCUUUGAAGAGAAUCUACAAACUGACACUUGCACAGAAAUCAACGAAUGUAUCCCUAACCCGUGCAUUAAUGGCGGAAGCUGUACAGAUCUAAUAGACGGGUUCAAUUGCAGCUGCACUGUAGGAUUCAAAGGUGAUACAUGCUCUGAAAUCGACUCUUGUAGCCCAAUCCCCUGCCAAAAUGGAGGGACCUGUACUGACUUUCCCACUGGCUAUGUGUGUUCGUGUGAAGAUGGAUGGGGAGGACUAGAUUGCGAGUUUAAUAUCAACGACUGCAUUCCAAAUAGUUGUCUGAACGGAGGCACAUGUAUCGAUCAAGUCAACAGUAUACUUUGUGAGUGUCCUGCUGAGUUUACUGGGUCAAGAUGUGAACAACUAUUGGAUCCAUGUUCGAGUAGUCCAUGCGAUAAUGAUGGAAGUUGUCGGAAUGACUCAGAUAGUUUCACCUGCUCCUGUUUGCCUGGAUUUACUGGCGACUUUUGUGAGAUUAAUAUUAAUGACUGUAUCGGAGGUCCAUGCUUGAAUGGUGGAACAUGUACUGAUGGUGUUAACGGCUUUAGCUGCUCUUGUAGGCCUGGUUUUACUGGUAAAACUUGUUCCGGUGAUAUCGAUGAAUGUAUCCAAAUGCCAUGUGAAAAUGGAGGGAUUUGCCAGCAGAAAGAUGUUGGAGGCUACGAUUGCUUUUGUGUACCUGGUUGGACUGGAAUCAAUUGUCAACAGUCCGUUAACGAAUGUGCUAGCGAACCGUGCAAGUUUGGAGGGACGUGUGUCGAUGGUCUCAAUGGACACACUUGCAUGUGCACCCCAGGCUACACUGGACUGAAUUGUGAAUUGGAUAUUGACUUGUGUUUAAAUCAACCUUGUAUGAACAAUGCUACUUGUUACGAUUUACCAUCUGAAGACUUUUACUGUUUCUGUCUUGAUGGAUUCCGAGGUACUCGGUGUGAGAUUACUAUGAGCAGCUGUGAUUCGAAUCCGUGCAGCGAGAACAGUAUGGAAUGUGUAGACGUGGGCGGUGGUGCCUUUGAGUGUGUCUGUGAGCCUGGUUACACUGGCGAUGUUUGUGGCAUUAACAUUAACGAGUGUGAGGUUGAUCCAUGUUUGAAUAAUGGAACUUGUGCUGAUGAAAUAAACAAUUUCCAGUGCACUUGUGCAGAAGGUUACAUCGGACCACGUUGUGAACUAAAUAUCAAUGAUUGCACAGAAAGCUCUUGCCUAAAUAACGGAACAUGUGUCGAUGGAGUCAAUCAAAUCACUUGUGAAUGUGUUACUGGUUGGACUGGAAUCAAUUGUCAACAGUCCGUUAACGAGUGUGUUAGCGAACCGUGCAAGUUUGGAGGGACGUGUGUCGAUGGUCACCUUGGAUACACGUGUAUGUGCACCCCAGGCUACACUGGACCGAAUUGUGAAUUGGAUAUUGACUUGUGUUUAAGUCAACCUUGUAUGAACAAUGCUACUUGUUACGAUUUACCAUCCGAAGACUUUUACUGUUUCUGUCUUGAUGGAUUCCGAGGUACUCGGUGUGAGAUUAAUGUAAGCAGCUGUGAUUCGAAUCCGUGCAGCGAGAACAGUGUGGAAUGCGUGGACGUGGGCAGUAGUGCGUUCGAGUGUGUAUGUGAGCCUGGUUACACUGGCGAUGUUUGUGACAUUAACAUUAACGAGUGUGAGGUUGAUCCGUGUUUGAAUAAUGGAACUUGUGCUGAUGAAAUAAACAAUUUCCAGUGCACUUGUGCAGAAGGUUACACCGGACCACGUUGUGAACUAAAUAUCAAUGAUUGCAUAGAAAGCUCUUGCCUAAAUAACGGAAUAUGUGUCGAUGGAGUCAAUCAAAUCACUUGUGAAUGUGUUACUGGGUACACUGGGACAGUAUGUGAAACAAACAUUGAUGACUGUGCUGGAAAUCCGUGUCAAAAUAACGCGACUUGUAUUGAUGAACUCAAUCGGUUCACAUGCGAUUGUGCUGCUGGAUUCACUGGUACAAUGUGUGAAAUAAAUAUUGACGAUUGUGCCGCCAUUCCAUGCCAAAAUGAUGGAACUUGUACUGAUGAAAUCGAUGGCUUUACUUGCGAAUGUGUGCUUGGUUUCACUGGCACAAUUUGCGAAGUCAACAUCAAUGAUUGUGCUGAAAAUCAGUGCUUGAAUAACGGAACUUGUAUCGACGGAAUGAAUAAUUUCACUUGCGAAUGUAUUCCUGGUUUUACUGGAGAUAGAUGUGAAAUUGUCCUGAUGCCUUGUGCUCCAAUGCCAUGUCUUAAUGAAGGUACCUGUUUGCCCGAGGGCAAUACAUAUCGUUGUGACUGUCCUUCAAAUUUCACCGGACAAGAUUGUGAGACGGAUAUUGACGAGUGCGUAUUGUUUGAACCCUGCGACCCUCUGGCAAACUGUUCAAACAUUCGAGGGGGCUUUGAGUGUGAGUGCCCACCUGGUCGCAUUGGAGAUUUAUGCAUGGAAAUUGAUUUCUGCACACCUCCUCCCUGCCUGAACGGUGGGUUUUGUAUGAAUGGUCAAAACAACUUCUCAUGUGAUUGCAUCCUUGGAACGUCAGGGGAUAGAUGCGAAACCGAUAUUCGAAACUGCCCCAUAGAUCGAUGCUUAAACGGAGGUGAAUGUGAGAUGACUGAAACUGUUGGUGUAUUCAUUUGCAGGUGCUUGGGCAGCUACACAGGAGAUCGUUGUGAAGAAGACGUAAAUGAAUGUGAAACUAUCUCACCUUGUCUAGAAGGCUCCACAUGUGUCAACACUAAUGGCUCUUAUUCUUGCAACUGUACUUCUGGUUUUACUGGCCGUCACUGUAAUAUUGAUAUCAAUGAGUGCGACCAGGAUCCAUGCGUUAACGGAGUUUGUGAGAACACGCUGGGUUCUUUCUCGUGCAAUUGUGACGAAGACUUUACCGGUCAGCAGUGUGAUAUUGAAGUGAAUCAAUGCGAUCCAAAUCCAUGUUCAAAUAAUGGAAUUUGUACAGACUUGAUAGGCUCAUUUGAAUGCAAUUGUUCCUCUGGAUUUACUGGCUCUACAUGUGAGGAUCUCAUUGACCUUUGCACUCCUACUCCCUGUCAGAAUGGAGGCACUUGCGUCCAGGAGGGCACAAUGUACAGUUGCUCCUGUGUGCCUGGAUACACUAGCCAAAACUGCUCCGAAGAAAUCAACGAAUGCAACCCAAAUCCCUGCCAAAAUAGUGAAAUCUGUCAAGACCUUCUUAAUGAUUUCAACUGCUCUUGUCUUGCUGGCUACACUGGGUCUGUUUGCGAUAUUGAAAUCAAUGAAUGCAACCCAAAUCCCUGCCAAAAUGAUGGAACAUGUCAAGACCUUCUUAAUGGUUUCAACUGCUCCUGCUCUGCUGGCUACACUGGAUCUGUUUGCGAUAUUGAAAUUAACGAAUGUGACCCUAAUCCUUGCGAAAAUGGUGGAGAGUGUCAAGAUCUCCUUAGCGACUUUAAUUGCACAUGUGCGCUUGGCUUUACAGGCACUAGAUGUGAGAGUUCGAUCGAUUUCUGCAGUUCUUCCCCUUGCAUGAACAAUGCCACCUGUGAGAACAGAGGAGUUGGCUUUGUGUGUGUGUGUCUUCCAGGCUACACCAGUAGCUUGUGUGAUGAAGACAUUAAUGAGUGCAAUUUCAAUCCCUGCCUGAACAAUGGUGUCUGUGAAAAUCUCAUAAAUAACUUUCAGUGUUCUUGCUCUCCUGGUUAUACUGGAGCUACUUGUGAGGUAGAACUAGAUCCGUGCAAUAGAACAAUUUGUCAAAAUGGUGGAACUUGCAACGCUCUUUCUCCAUUGAUAGCAGAAUGCAACUGUGUCCCUGGCUAUACUGGACCUCUCUGUGAGAUAAACUUCAACGAUUGUGACCAAGAUCCUUGCUUGAAUGACGCCACAUGCAUGGACCUUGUCGAUAGCUUUAGGUGUAUCUGUCCUCUCUGUUACUAUGGCGACCUCUGUGAGAAGCUCAUGGACUUUGAAACAUGCUUUAAUUGUUCUUGUGAAAACAAUGCAACUUGUCAACCUGCAUCUGGUUCCGGCUCUGAAAGUGGAAGUGGUAUCAGUGAACGACCUUCAUCAUCUGAUCCCCUCCUCCCGUUUACAUCUGAUACAGAAGUGGAGUGUGUGUGCAUGCCUGGUUACACAGGUGCAAGUUGUGAGUUAGAUAUUGAUGAGUGUUUGUUACCAAGCAAUCCAUGCAUGAACGGAGGUGAGUGUCAAAACUUGUUUGGCUCAUUUGAGUGCUCCUGUUUGUCUGGUUUCACUGGACGUCUUUGUGGUGUCGAUAUAGACGAAUGCGGUGGUGACCCAUGCACGAAUGGCACCUGUACGAACCUACCAGGCUCUUUCAUGUGUGACUGCAUUCUUGGUUUCACAGGGGACCUUUGUAAUAUCGAUAUCAAUGAAUGCUUCCCUAAUCCUUGCUCCAAUAAUGCCACUUGUGUAGACGAGAUUAAUGGCUUUGAGUGUGUUUGUGAGAACGGAUUCACUGGGGAACUAUGUGAUGUGCUCAUUGAUAACUGUCUACUGUCACCUUGUCUGAACAAUGCAACUUGUGUCAACGUUGUUGAUAGUUUCACCUGCCAGUGUGUACGUGGAUUUACCGGAGAUCGUUGUCAAGAGGAUAUUAACGAUUGUACUUUGGAACCUUGCCUCAAUAACGGAACGUGUGUAGAUCAAGUGGACUCAUUUGCAUGUGAAUGUGUAGCUGGAUUUACCGGAAGUUUCUGUGACGAGAAUAUCAAUGAUUGUGAGCUUGACUUCUGCAUUAAUGGCACUUGUGUUGAUGGAGUCGAUAGCUAUAUGUGUAUUUGUGAUCCUGGAUAUACUGGAAUGGAUUGUGACGAAAAUAUCGAUGAUUGUGAAUUUAACUCAUGCAUGAAUGGAACCUGUAUUGACGAUACCGGAUUCGCAAUAUGUGUUUGUGAUGAUGGUUUCACAGGUGAAGACUGUGACAUUGAAAUCGACCUGUGUGAAUUCAACCCUUGCAUGAACAACGGAACAUGUAUGAAUGACAUCGACUCCUUUUAUUGCCUCUGUGUAGAAGGUUUCACUGGAGACUUAUGUGAGACUGAUAUUGAUGAAUGCAGCCUGAUUCCUUGUGCAAACAACUCGACUUGUGUCGACGAUAUCAACUCAUUUACGUGUAUGUGUGCCCUUGGUUACACUGGGGAGACAUGUGAGGAGAAUAUCAACGAGUGUGGCCUUUCUCCUUGUCAGAAUAACGCCACAUGUGUCGAUGAGGUUGCUAGCUUUAAUUGCAUUUGUUCACCAGGGAUAACUGGAGACCUCUGUGCAGACGACAUUGAUGAGUGCACUACUAUUGACCCCUGCCUCAAUGGGGGUACUUGUGAGAACGUAUUUGGUUCGUACAUGUGCAACUGUGCAAGUGGAUACACGGGUGAGAAUUGUGAGACUGACAUCAACGAAUGCAUUAUUGAUAGCCCUUGUCAAAAUGGAACUUGCAUGAAUACUAAUGGAUCGUUCAUGUGUGACUGUUACCCUGGCUACACUGGACCUUUCUGUGAGAUAAAUAUCAACGAUUGCGACCCAGACCCUUGCUUGAAUGACGCUACAUGCAUGGACCUUGCCGAUGGCUUCAGGUGUGUCUGUCCUCUCUGUUACUAUGGCGACCUCUGUGAGAACCUCAUGGACUUUGAGACAUGCUUUAAUUGUUCUUGUGAAAAUAAUGCAACUUGUCAACCUGCAUCUGGUUCCGGCUCUGAAAGUGAGAGUGGUGUUUUACCGUUUAGUGAAAUCAAUGGCGUGGAGUGUGUGUGUAUGCCAGGGACCACAGGGGAGUUUUGUGAAAUAGUAAUUGACCCCUGUGAAGAUACUCCCUGCCAGAACAAUGCUACUUGUGAGUCUACUGGUAUGGAUUUCAGUUGUUCUUGUUCCCCUGGAUACACCGGCCAGCGUUGUCAAGUGAAUAUAAAUGAUUGUGAUCCCAGUCCUUGUCAAAAUGAGGGCACUUGUACAGACCUUGUCGAAAGUUUUAGCUGUUCCUGUAAUGCCGGUUACACUGGAUCAACUUGUGAAAUUGACAUCAACGAUUGUGAGCCUAACCCCUGUCAGAAUAGUGGAUCUUGUACAGACCUAGUUAACAAUUUCAACUGUUCUUGUCAACCCGGCUACACUGGAUCUGUUUGCGAUAUUGAAAUCAACGAAUGUAACCCAAAUCCCUGCCAAAAUAAUGGAACCUGUCAAGACCUUCUUAAUGAUUUCAACUGCUCCUGCCCUGCUGGCUACACUGGAUCUGUUUGCGAUAUUGAAAUCAACGAAUGCGACCCAAAUCCCUGCCAAAAUGAUGGAACCUGUCAGGACCUUAUUAACGAUUUCAACUGCUCUUGCCCUGCUGGCUAUACAGGAUCUGUUUGUAAUAUUGAAGUCAACGAAUGCGACCCUAAUCCUUGCCAAAAUAAUGGCACCUGUGAAGAUAUUGUCAAUGGUUUCAACUGUUCUUGUCAACCUGGCUACUCUGGUCCAGCAUGUGAACUCAACAUUAAUGAGUGCGAUCCGAAUCCCUGCCAAAAUGAUGGAUCUUGUACAGACUUUGUUAACGAUUUCAACUGCUCUUGUCUGCCCGGCUACACAGGUGAUGUUUGUGCAGAUGAAAUCAAUGAAUGUGACCCUAACCCUUGUCAGAAUAAUGGAACCUGCGGAGAUCUUAUCAACAAUUUUAACUGCUCCUGUGCUGCCGGUUAUACCGGGUCAACUUGUGAAAUUGACGUCAAUGAGUGUGAACCUGAUCCUUGCCAGAAUAAUGGAACUUGCAGUGAUUUAGUGAAUGACUUUCGUUGCUCAUGUCUGGAUGGCUUCACUGGUGCAACAUGUGAAGUAAACAUCGACGAUUGCAACCCUAAUCCUUGUGAAAACAAUGGAACAUGCGUCGAUUUUAUUAAUGAAUUUGUUUGUUCUUGUCAAGCUGGUUACACGGGUAAAACUUGUGAAAUUAACAUCAACGAUUGUGAUCCUAAUCCUUGCCAGAACAAUGGAUCUUGCACAGACCUAGUUAAUGGCUUCAACUGCUCCUGUGCACUAGGUUACAGUGGCUCCCAGUGUGAGAGUCCAAUCGACUCUUGUAAUUCUUCCCCUUGCAUGAACAAUGCCACCUGUGAGAACAGAGGAGUUGGCUUUGUGUGUGUGUGUCUACCAGGCUACACCGGUAGCUUGUGCAAUGAAGACAUUAAUGAAUGUGCUGCUGAUAACAAUCCCUGCCUGAACACAGGAGUGUGUUCGAACCUAAUAGGAUCAUUUGGGUGCAACUGCCCCCCUGAAUACACUGGCCCCAUUUGUGAUGUACUAGUUGAUCUCUGUGACCCGGACCCCUGUCAGAAUGGAGGCACUUGCGUCCAGGAGGGCACAAUGUACAGUUGCUCCUGUGUGCCUGGAUACACUAGCCAAAACUGCUCCGAAGAAAUCAAUGAAUGCGACCCUAAUCCCUGCCAAAAUGAUGGAACCUGUCAAGACCUUCUUAAUGAUUUCAACUGCUCCUGUACGAUACACUACACUGCAGAGAGUAACUGUAUUGAUCGUGUCCCUGACUCAUUUUGCACUUCUGAAGGCCCUCUGAGCUGCAUAAACGGUGGCUUCUGUGAACAGAAAUUUCAAAUUUGUCAGUGCCCAGAUGGUUUCACUGGAUUCAGAUGUGAAAUAAACAUAGAUGAUUGCCCGACAAAUGCUUGUGGAAAUGGUACAUGUGUGGACCUUGUGGAAGCUUAUCGAUGUGAGUGUGACCCUGGCUUUACUGGAGAUGAUUGCUCUAUAGAUAUCAACGAGUGUGAUCUGAAUCCGUGCUCUAUACUAGGCACUGAUCGCUGUGAAAAUCUUGUGAAUAAUUUCACAUGCCACUGUUUGGAUUUCUUCGAAGGGACGUUUUGUGAUAUUCAAGUCUCUUUGUGUGCAACAUCAUCUGAUUGUGUUAAUGGGGCUACUUGUGUAGACACUGAUCCGGGGCAAUUUCGCUGUGAGUGUGGAUUCGGCUUCGAGGGAGAUUCAUGUAUUGACGACAUCGAUGAGUGUGAGCGAGGGGCUUGUGGAGAGAAUGGAUCUUGUCAAAACCUGAUCGGGAAUUACACUUGCUCCUGUGAUAACGGAUUCACGGGUAGAGAUUGUGAAGUCAAUAUCAAUGAGUGCGAACUGGAACCUUGUGCCCCUAAUGGAAGGUGUAUUGAUGGGUUGGCAGACUACACUUGUGAAUGUACUGAUGGCUACACUAGUCGUAACUGUGAAAUUGAUAUCAACGAAUGCGACUCUAAUCCAUGUCUAAGAGGAGGUAUGUGCAUGGAUCGAGUCAAUAGCUACGAGUGUGACUGUGACGGUACCGGCUUCACUGGAGGAGAAUGUCACAUUGAUAUUGACGAGUGCGUUGAGUCUUCGCCCUGUCAAAAUGAAGGAGCGUGUACUAACAAUCCUGGAUCGUUUAAUUGCUCAUGCACAACAGGUUUUACAGGUCUCGAUUGUUCCGAACCCGCUACGUCUAUUCUACCAAUCAUUAUAGGUGCUGCAGUAGGAGCACUCGUAGUUUUUAUAGUUAUCAUACUAAUAAUCGUCAUAGUAAUAGUUACCCGGGUGAGAUACAGAAAGAGACACGAAUCGUACAGCCCAUCCAAGACAGAGUUCGGCAGGUCAGAAAUGGCUGGUUUUAAUGCCCUACCAGAAAUACCAGAACCCAAGGAGAGACUUAUCUAAACACAAUUAUACUGAACACUUAUCAUUCCAUUUUUAAACCUACGUACUUAUACCCACAUGUACAUAACACGUACUGCAACCACAGCCAUACAUAUAUAUGCAUUGCUGUUUAUAUCACGCACUAUUAUUAUUGUCCUGUGUCUUUUAUA